AAUUCUAAAACAGCCGCAUUGCAUUGCUUGGACACGUGACCCCUCCUCACGUGACUAGUAGUUUUAGUCAUGGCCGACGACUACAGGCGACACGGCCUCGACUUGGAGAGAAGGAUAUUGGAGUUCGACGCCAAGUGUUCUGCUCUCAAAGCCGAGAAACAAGAUGAUGACUAUUUACAGAAUGCGUCUUUGAUACUGGACAAGUUGAAAAGCUAUUACAGACAAGGAGGGGAGAGCAGCAGCCUUUCCAAACUGCUUCAAGAUUACACACAGGUUAUCCUAGAUAUUACGUUUUAUGAGGAAAACAAACUGGUGGAUCAAGGGUUUCCGGAGGAAUGUUCACCAUAUAAAAUCCAGCAGCUCCUGCAAGAUCUGACUGAGCCAGAAGUUCUGGUCGGGAGACUAGCACCAUCUCAAGAGGUGCAAGCUGUUUUGGGCCUGGAGCUGUUAGAAUGCCUUUAUUGGAGACGUGGUGCGCUACUCUACAUGUACUGCCACACCCUUCACCAACGGAAGCAAUGGAUCAAGGAAAACAAAGAGACGUUCCUCAAGUGUAUCCAAGAAGGAGUGCGCUAUCUCAUGAGGAUGCUGCAGGUGAGGAACUCGGUGAAGCUCAAUGAUGGGGUUGUGCUCCAUGACACCACCACUGCAGGCUUCCUCUCCGAAGGCAUUUUCUCAGACACGCACCUGUUGACCAUGAUGUACAUUGGAGAAAUGUGCUUCUGGGCGGUGAAGUACGAAGACUACAGCGGUGACAGUAUGGAUUGUAAAGAAGAUCGCCUCCAGUUUAGGGACAUUGGCACGCAGAUCCUCAACAAGUAUGUGCUCGCCUGCGAGGGCCCGCUGCAGGCCCAGGGCUGGAACACGGAGAACGCCAAGGAGAUCCUCAGUGUUUUACAGUGAAGCCUGCUGCGUUAAUGUCCAGGUUGUCCUCAGACGCGGAUCUGAGAUCAGUAUUCAGUGUUUUUUUUUUUUUUUUUCUAUCCCUAAAUUGAAAUAAAUAAAUGAAAAAUGGAACCUGACAGUUGAGGUGCAUUAUAACAAAGGCUAAGAGAGUAGGCAAUGAGAAAAAUAUUUUUUGCCAGGCCAAAGGUCUGCUGGACCUCACUCCAAGCCACAUGGUCCAGGUCAGUUGUGUUAUAAGACAAAUGGUAUAAACCUGAGAGUUAAUUUUUUCUUUUCUUUUGGCCCCUUCUGUGGGAAAUGCGUUCUCUUCAUUCUAGACUGUUGACUAGGGCACGUGGUUUGCUCUCAGAAUGUGUUAUACUAAUAACAUUGAUAUUAAUAUUUUAAAAAAUGAUUCUUAGUAAAAAUCUUUUUUUUUUCUUCAACAAUUGUCUAUUGAUAACAGCCUAAAAUCAAACCUUGCACAGUUACAUUUUUAUUUAUUCUUAAGUUGCCGUUUUGGUAUGCUUUUAAUAUUUGACAUCUGUUUAUACUCUAUAUACAAGUUUGUAAAUGUGUAUAAAAUACACAAAGCAAAGAUUUUUUUUUUCUUCCCAGAGAGUGAAAGCUUAUGUCCAGAUUUAUUCAUUAUCCACCACUUAUAUCCCCUUUGUUGCAAAGUUUUCACCAUUUAAUUAAAUUUGUUUAGCUUUUAUUAGAAAAAAGUGCUGUUUUGAAUGGAAUUACAUUUCUGUUUUUCUAUGUCCUUGGUGACAAUAAAGCCAGUGUUGUUUUAA